CUUGUGGACCCGGGGUGUAUUGCAAAAGUAUUGGGGUCCAAUUGUCGAAACUCGAAACCUCAAGUAGUCCAACCCAGUAGACAGCAGUCUUAUCGCGGCGAUCCAGCGCGAUAAUUUAGCGUCCGAAAGUAGUAACGCCGGUUAUCUUCACCAUUAUUCAAAGUCCUAACUUUCCAAUUUCACCCUUUUACGUUCACAUACUUUUUACAAUUUUGAAACACCCACAUUUUUUUUGCUUUACUUUACUACACCCAGAAAAUUAAAAAGGGGAUUUCAAAUUUUGAACUUCAAAUUCUCCCAAUUUUCUCCCAUUAAACAAUCGAAUUGAGCAUAAAAGGGAAAAAAUCUAAUUGGGUAUUUGCAGAAAUGUCGGGUUACAGAGCAGAAGAUGACUAUGAUUACCUCUUUAAGGUUGUUUUGAUUGGAGAUUCUGGUGUUGGGAAGUCCAAUUUGCUUUCAAGAUUUACUAGGAAUGAGUUUAGUCUCGAGUCUAAAUCCACCAUUGGUGUUGAGUUCGCUACUCGGAGCUUGAAUGUUGAUAGCAAGGUUAUUAAAGCUCAGAUUUGGGAUACUGCUGGACAAGAAAGGUAUCGGGCAAUUACCAGUGCAUACUACCGAGGAGCUGUUGGUGCACUUCUUGUGUACGAUGUGACUAGGCAUGCUACAUUUGAGAGCGUGGAGAGGUGGUUAAAGGAGCUAAGGGAUCACACAGAUCCCAACAUUGUAGUGAUGCUUAUUGGAAACAAAUCAGACCUUCGUCACCUUGUUGCAGUACAAAUGGAGGAUGGGAAAACAUUCGCUGAAAAGGAGUCCCUUUAUUUCAUGGAGACUUCUGCAUUGGAAGCAACCAAUGUAGAGAACGCCUUCACAGAAGUUCUUACUCAGAUUUACCGAAUUGUCAGCAAGAAGGCUAUGGAGGCUGGUGAGGAUGCAAAUGGCUCAUCUAUCCCUGCUGGUGAGAAGAUAGACAUUGGCAAAGAAGUGUCUGCCGUGAAGAAGGGUGGUUGCUGCUCCAGUUAAGGGGCUUGCUUAUUCAUGUCUAGAUUUCAUUAGAUUGGUUGAGGCGCAGAUAUGCAGCUGGGUUGUUGAUGCUGCACAGUUUUUCUAUACACCCUGAUAUGUAUAAUUUUCUGAGAUGUUCCCAUCUUUAGGAGUUAGAGUAUUAUUACUUUAUUUCAUUUUUCCUAAAAGAGUUCUCUUAGACAUUAUUUGUUUACUGAAAUACUUGUGAAUUGUGUUCAGCUGGUUGAAUAGAAGGAUCAUUAGCCAAAAUCUUCCAGUAAGCUGUGUAAUAUAGGAGCCAAUUUACUUUCCUUUGCACAUCUCGUCUAUUGAGGUACAUGUUUCUCA